AUGCAAGUCAGAGCACGAAGAGAUGCAUGGCUCGCUACUUUGCUCGAAGAAGUCAAUGCUUCGAUUGCCGCCGGAAAGGCCUCAAACUGCGUUGCUUCCGGGCUUCUGAUGGAUACCGAGCAGAACCUGACAGAGCUCGACAUCCGCACCAUUCUUGGUGGUCUCAUGUCUGGCGGGUUCGAGACCAUGUUUGCAACAGCAAUUGCCGGGAUAGCAUUUCUCGCCAGCCCGAAAGGCCAGGAAAUACAGGAAAAGGCGUAUCAAGACAUUCUCGAGUCAUAUGGUACUUUGGAAAAUGCGUUUGAGAAGGCCGUCGACGAUGAGAAGUCAAAGUAUACUGCUGCCUUCGUGAGGGAAACUCUGCGUUACUAUCCUCCUCUACAUUUGCUGCCGCCCCGCCAGACUUAUCAGGACUUUGAAUGGAAAGACGGAAUCAAGGUCCCGAAAGGCGUCAUGGUCCUAGUUAAUUGCCAAUCUACCAAUCAUGAUCCAGCUACUUACGGUCCUGAUGCGCACAUCUUUCGCCCGGAGAGGUGGCUAGGAAAUGAAGGCAUCAACAAAAUACCAUCCCCGCACCAAUUUGCCUUCGGCGCAGGAUCGCGCAUGUGUACUGCUGUCAAUUUUUCCAACCGAUUAUUAAUCAAGCAGUCGUCAACAAAGCCUCCGUGCCUGCACUUUGUGGAUUAUAACCGUGAUACGACGGCCCAGAGCGCCAUCCCGAAGGAUUUUGAGGCUGUUUUUGAGGUGCGAAAUCAAGAUAUAUUGGAUGCUUGUCUGAAACAGUCUGCCGAGAAUACACGGACUGUCAGCAACGGAAUCGUUCGGUAG